AAUUAAUAAUAACAAAGCUGUUGCGGUUUUGUGGAAGUUCAGUUCACCAAUGUGAAUACCGACUGAUUACUGUAUACAGAAUACUAAAAUUGUGUUCACUAUUAAAUUUAGUGAAUUGUGGUGUAUCGCGGUCCGCGGAUUUCGGAAGCAGUUCCACUUGGGUCAUCACAUGUCUAAAUAAACCAUUCGUUUAGUCAUGGUUAAUCGAUCAUCAGUCAUCAUUCAUCCGGUCAUCUACUGACGCAUUCUUCCGAUCUUUAAUCUGGAUUAUUCUGGUUAUUGUCUUCGAUGGGGUUUAUAGGAUAUUGAAAAAUGUCGUAUCGGCUCAUCGCCCAAUUCCAAUAAUUCGUUUUAUCGAUUACAUGAUAUCACAAUUCACGACUUGUUAAUUAUACCUAGUAAGAAUCGUCUUCAACACGCUUAAACGCUUUCCCAUUCAGCUACUAUUCACUAGAUUUUUUAGUAUAAUAGUAUUAUUUUUUGUUGCCAUAUUCUGAUCUGCUGUCUAGAUAGUUAUUAGUUAUUUUUAUUCUAUGGACGAAAUGAUAAGGUUUUGUCUGUGACAAUUGUUUUACAAUAUGUCAGACACUCCCUCAUCCCCGUGUGAGGGAUGCUAUGACGUAGAGUGAGAUUCUCUGAUAAAAAGUACUAGCUUAUUAAUACAUAAUGGGCAUAAUGCCAAAUGCCUACGGGCUAUGAUAAUAUAUAGAGGGUGAUUCACCGAUAUUUUAGAUAACAAUAUGGCAACAUCAAUGGAAUACAGAUUCAAGCGUUUAGAGUUUGAUAUACUUCCAAAGAACCCACCAGAAUGGGACCGUCCUCUUUGUGUAAUCGAUCAGGGGAUUGCAAGUAAUGAUGACUACUUGUUUAAAUACAAUCGCUAUCGAAAGCAUUCUGCCAAAAAUAACUCUGAGGAACUUGCUAAUGAAACUCUGAUGAAGUACAAUUUUAUUGCUGAUCGUUGGGAAAAAAUUAAAUGCAAGAAUUUGCCAACAUAUUUUCAGUUAACAUCAAUUUUAAUGUCUGGUAAUUUUAUAAUUAUUCAUGGCGGAAAAGACUUUGAGUUCAUUAAUGAAUACACUUUUCAACUUUUCGUCGGAAAUUUGGCAAAAAAAAAUCAAGACAACUGUGUAGAAUUUGAAGAAAUUUGUUCAACAAAUGGAAUACCCAUUACUGAAUAUGGUCAACCAGUUCUUAUAGACGGAAAAUUUGUAUAUUCCCUCAAUGGAACGUCUGAAUAUCAAAAUGAAAUGGAUGUUUAUAGGCUUGAUUUAUGUACUAAAGAAUGGCAGUUAUUAUGUCAAGCUCGUGGGAAACACCCAAGAACUGAUGAAAAUCUUAGACGUGAAGUAGCCUAUUAUGACAAUCAUUUGUAUAUGUUUGGUGGUGCUCAUGUGAUGAUUCUACUAAAAAAUAUGUAUCUCGACACAUUUGAAGACAUACAAGUGUUUGACAUAUCAACUAAUAAAUGGAAGUAUUUCAAAACAUUGCCUGAUCUCCAGAAUUCGUCGCCAUCUUAUCCUGCAAACCGUUGUUAUUAUGGAUGGGCACAAUGUCCAACCCAACCAGAAUAUGUAUAUAUGAGUGGUGGUUCUGAUAAUGUUAACUUUUUCUCAGAUAUUUGGCGUCUGAAUCUUAAUACUCUUCAGUGGUGUAAUCUUAUGCCAAGUAAACUACCCAAAUCAAUGAUUCUACAUUCAUCUACAGUUGUACCUUCAGGUCGUAUCUACUACUAUAAUGGAAUAGUUAGUACUGAAUCAUCUAAUAUGUAUCAAAAAGAUGAUAUGAUGUGUGCAUGGAUUAGAAUCCCAAAAUUAAAAGCUAUUUGUUGGGAUGCCAUGUUAUACUAUUUCAAAGAUCAAAUGUUAAAAUCAUCUCUAGAAGACCUACAAAAUUUGGGAUUACCAUUGGAGUAUUAUGAGAACAUAACUAAAGCCAAAACUUUAGUUUAAACAUAAUGCAUACUUUAUGUAUUUUAUUCAUAUUUCAUCCUAUUUUAAAUGUAAAUUUGUAAUUUAAUAAUUUAUUGUUUUAGACAUUAAUACCUACCUAUUAUAUUAUAAAUUUAUGUUACCUACCAAUUAUGUACAGUUGUUUGAAAUUAAACAUUUGCAUUUAUCAUAUAAUUUUUAUUUAUAAUGAUAUUACAUAUUGGUUUCAUUAUAGGCGACACGCCAAAACUUCAAACUUUUUAGAUCAUCAUUAAAAUGGACAUUUCA